CAAAUAAGUAAUAAACCACCGCAAACGUCACCACUAUAUCUUUGAAUAAUAACAUCAUAACCACGACUCUGAUAAAACCCCCAAAAAUAAUAUCUGGUUUUCGAUUUCUAUAUGGAAUUUUCAUCAUCAUCAUCAGCGAAAUCAAGUAAAUCUUCAUCUCAUUUCCGUUACUUUCGUUGUAAUUGUUGUAAAAAUUCUUUCCGUUGUUUUUGUUGUUGUCGCUGUUGUUGUUGUUAGGGUUUGAUUUUGUUUAGUUUAGUGUUAGGGUUUGAUUUUUGGGGAAAAUGGAUCUAUCUCAAGCAAGAUCAACACUAUCAUUAGGUUUUCAUCAUCAUCAUCAAAAUUCACCUUCACAUCAUACAUCAAUUGGUGAUAAUAACAAUUCAAUUUCGCGUCAGAGUUCAUCGACUCCAUCGAUUCCAUUACAAUUACUUGAUGACGAAUCAGCUGCAACAGCAGUAGAUAAAAGUAGUAAUGAUGAAAUGAAAGACGAGGAGGGAGAGAAGUUUAAGAUUUUAGGGCAUGAGAUGUGUUUGAAGAGGAAAAGAGAAGUUGAUUCUUCUUCUUCAUCGACAUCGUCUUCGAAAAAGGGGGUUGGGGUUUCAAAUGAACAAAGUCUUGAGACUAGACGAGCUGCUGUUAGGGCUUGGAGUAAUCAACCUUUGGCUGUUGCUGAUCCAGAUAUACAUGAAAUUAUGGAAAAGGAGAAACAAAGACAAAUUAAAGGUAUUGAGUUGAUUGCUUCGGAGAAUUUUGUAUGCAAAGCUGUAAUGGAAGCACUAGGUAGUCAUUUGACGAAUAAGUAUUCAGAAGGAGCACCUGGUGCAAGAUAUUAUGUGGGUAAUCAGUAUAUUGAUCAAAUUGAGUUACUUUGUCAACAAAGAGCUUUAACUGCAUUUCAUCUUGAUUCUGAUCAUUGGGGUGUAAAUGUUCAGCCUUAUUCUUGUACUUCUGCAAAUUUUGCUGUCUACACUGGUCUUCUUAUGCCCAAGGAUAGGAUUAUGGGUUUGGAUUCACCUUCUGGAGGACAUUUGAGUCAUGGGUACUGUACACCUAGUGGGAAGAAAGUUUCUGGUGCUUCUAUUUUCUUUGAAAGUUUCCCGUAUAAAGUGAACCCAUAUACUGGCUACAUCGAUUAUGAUAAGCUAGAAGAUAGGGCAAUUGAUUUUCGACCUAAGAUACUUAUUUGCGGUGGGAGUUCGUAUCCUAGAGAGUGGGAUUAUGCGAGGUUUAGACAGAUUGCUGAUAAAUGUGGAGCUGUGCUAAUGUGUGAUAUGGCUCAUAUUAGUGGUCUAGUCGCUGCCAAGGAAUGCAUAAGCCCCUUUGAUUAUUGUGAUGUUGUGACCUCGACAACUCACAAAGGUCUCCGUGGUCCCAGAGGAGGUAUCGUCUUUUACAGGAAAGGCCUAAAACCAAGAAAAAGAGGGACGCUUAUGAAUCAGGUGGAUGAAAAUGAGGAGUAUGACUUGGAGGAAAGAAUAAAUUUUGCCGUCUUUCCAUCCUUGCAAGGUGGACCUCACAAUAACCACAUUGCAGCCCUAGCAAUUGCCCUAAAACAAGUUGCGACGCCCGAGUACAAGGCUUACAUGCAACAAGUGAAAAGAAAUGCUCAGGCUUUAGCAUUUGCGUUGACAAGAAGAAAAUGCAGAUUGGUUACUGGGGGUACAGACAACCAUUUAGUUCUUUGGGACCUGAGAAAUCUCGGAUUAACAGGUAAGACCUUUGAGAAGGUUUGUGAGAUGUGCCACAUUUCUCUUAAUAAAAGUGCCAUAUUUGGUGAUAAUGGAGCUAUUUCACCAGGUGGAGUAAGAAUUGGCACUCCUGCAAUGACAACAAGAGGCUGUAUUGAGUCUGAUUUUGAGACAAUUGCCGAUUUCCUCCUCAGGGCCGCACAAAUUGCAAGCAUCGUCCAGAGGGAACAUGGAAAGCUGCAGAAGGAUUUCCUCAAGGGUCUUCAAAACAACAAGGAUAUGAUUGACCUUCGUAACCGUGUUGAGGCUUUCUCUUCUCAGUUUGCUAUGCCAGCAUUUGAUUUCUGAACUCGUUGAAGACACCUUAUUUUGACAAGGUGGUGCAAGCGUAAACAUUAUGUAAAUUCUAUGUAGUUUCCUUCAUCCUAUAGACAUGAACAUGAACAUCCAAUUCUUUUUUUGUGUAAAAUGGUAUUAUGAGCAUAUAAGGGUCACCACUGUUACUUCAUACUCCCUCUAUCCUAAAUUACUUGCUUAAUUAGGGUCUUGCAAAAAUAUUAAGGAAUUGAAAUUAUUUUCACAUACAA